AUGCAAUCGGGAUUCAUUAGGGGUGAUUCUACAGUGAAUCAGCUGAUUGAUUUUGUUCAUACAGCUUAUCAGAAUGGAGAUAAAGGGCAAAUAACAAGAGCUGUUUUUCUCGAUUUUAGUAAGGCGUUCGAUCGUGUUUGGUUAAGAGGAUUGCUGCAUAAACUAGAAAUGAAAGGUAUUCGUGGCUCGCUACUGAGUUGGUUUAAGAGCUAUGUGUCUGAUAGAGAAAUAAUAACAGUGAUCAAUGGAAGUCUGUCGUCUCCGAAAAAAAUUAACCGAGACGUUCCCCAAGGCAGCGUCCUCGGUCCACUGUUGUUUCUUGUUUUCAUUGAUGAUAUUGGAGAAUCAUUAAACUCCAGCACACGGCUGUUUGCUGACGAUACAGUCAUUCAUCAUUCCGAUAGCGAUAUACAUGAUUUAACAGCACAUUUAAAUAGCGAUCUGUUAAAAAUGCAUCAAUGGUCAGUUGAGUGGCCAUUGCCUCUGAAUGAACAGAAAUGUGAGUCAAUGACAUUUAGCUACAAUUUAACACCACCUCCUCUCGUAAUAAAUAACAUCAGCCUAAAUGAGGUUAAACAACGAAAACAUCUUGGAAUUUUCUUGACGAGUAAAUUAGAUUGGAUAGUACAUCAACAAUAUGUUUUAAAUAAAUGUGGAAAGUUAUUAAAUAUGUUAAAAACAUUUAGAUUGAGACUUUUCGACAGAAUAAAACAUCGUGACUCGACUGUCGACAUUGAUAUUGAAACACCACCCAUGUAA